ACCAUACGACUGGCGUACAAUCGACUUCCGGGCGGCUUCCUUUGAAGUAUGUGAAGCAGUGAGAUUUCCGGACCCUGGUCUCGAAAGAGGAAAACCAGUCUUGGAUAUUCUAGCAUGGAGACGUUGCCCACGCAAGAUCUCUUGGACGGCGACUUCAGCGAGGAGGACGACGUCCACGAAGCUGCAUGGGGGAGACUGUUUCCGCUGGGAUCCAGCUUUGUUGCAGUUGAUUUGGUGAAAGAUGAAUACAGCUUUGGCAGGGGAGAGAACUGUGAUAUUGGUUUCAAUGCAGGCAAAAAUCAGCAGUGUUUUCAAGCCUACAGCAAAAUACAUUUCAAACUAAUUAGAAAGAAAACCAGCACAGGAACCCAUGUGUUUCUGGAAGACACAAGUAGUAAUGGAACUUUCAUUAAUGGGGAGAAAGUGGGAAAGGGAAACAGACAGGUACUGGGAAACAAUGAUGAAAUUGCUUUGGCAUUAAAGAAAAACAAAGCUUUUGUUUACAUGGACUUAAAUGCCAAUGAAGAUGCUAAUAUUCCGAAAGAAGUGACGAACAACUACACUCUCACCAAGACCUUAGGCAGAGGAGCUUGUGGUGAAGUCCGGCUUGCAUUUGCCAAGGGAUCGUGUGAAAAGUUUGCAUGUAAAAUUAUUGCAAAAAAGAAAUUCUCUCUUGGUGGUAAAAAUCAGUUGAAUAUGUCUUCCCAAGUAAUGGGUGAGGUGAAGAUACUGAAAGCUUUAAAACAUCCUUGUAUUAUACGCAUCGAUGAUGUCAUAGACACAAAAGAUUACUUAUAUAUAAUGUUGGAACUAGUGGAAGGUGGCGAACUAUUUGACCGAGUAGUUGAAGCUGGGCAGUUCGACGAAUCCACAGCGAAGUUACUCUUUUAUCAGAUGCUUUGUGCAUGCAAGUAUUUACAUGAUCAAGGUAUUACACACAGAGAUCUUAAGCCAGAAAAUAUUUUAUUAGCCACAGAAAACAACGAUACACUUAUUAAGGUUACAGAUUUUGGAUUAUCAAAAUUCAUUGAUGCUGGAUCAAUAAUGAAAACAUUUUGUGGCACGCCAACCUACCUUGCUCCUGAGAUUCUUGAAACAGCUGGCAGUGGGGCAUACACAAAGGCUAUCGAUGCCUGGAGCUUGGGAGUUAUACUUUAUAUCUGUGUUUCGGGUUAUCCUCCAUUUUCUGACGAAAGGAAAGACAUGGACCUGCCAAAACAGAUACUGGGUGGUCAUUACAGCUUUCCCAAGCAGUACUGGGAAGACAUAUCUGAUCUUGUGAUUGACUUGAUUAAAAAACUGAUGACUGUUGAUCCGAAGAAGAGGAUUAGUUUAUCAGAAGCUCUCAACCAUCCAUGGUUUAAAGAUGAAGACAUGAAAAUUAAAGCCAACAAACUGAUGUACCCAGAAGCCGAUGGAAUGGCGCCACCUACAAUGAUGCCUGGGAAGAAACGUGGACUGGAAGGUGGCGAAGAACCUCCGACAAAGAGGAAAUCAUCAAGUGAUACAACAUCGCCCCCUGAUUCUCCAAAGUGAUGAAAUCAACAAUUUGAACUGAUACAUAUGCUGUUGAUUCUCCUGGUUAAUGGAAUCGAGAAUUUCAACUGAUGCAACAUACCUCACCAAUUUUCCUAAUUAACAGAAUCGACAAUUUCGACUGAUACAUCUACCUUCGAUUCUUUUAAUUAACAGAAUCAAGAAUUUCAGAUAAGAUGUCUACUCUCGGUUAUCAGUAAUAGAAGCAUGAAAGUCAACUGAUAAAACAUCUACCUUCUAGUCUUGAUUCUCAUGGUUAAUGGAAUCAAUAAUUUCAACUGAUAUCUACCUUUGAUUCUUUUAAUUAAUGGAAUCAAGAAUUCCAACAAAAAAGAUGUCUACCCUUGAAUUCUCAAUAAUAGAAUCAAGAAUUUCAACUGAUCAAAUAUCUACCCUCAAUUCUCAUGGUUAAUGGAAUCAAGAAUUUCAACUGAUACAACAUACAUGUACCACCACCAAUUUUCCUAAUUAACGGAAUCAAGAAUUUUAACUGAUACAUCUACCUUUGAUUCUUCUAAUUAAUGGAAACAAAAAUUCCAACUGAUAAGAUGUCUCCAUUUGAUUCUCAGUAAUAGAAUCAAGAAUUUCAACUGAUCAAACAUCUACCCUUGAUUCUUAUAAAUAAUAGAAUAAAGAUUUUUAGUGACGCAUCUAACUACCCACACGCAAUUCUUCUAAUAAAAAGAAUCAAGAUUUCAACUGAUAAGACGUCUCCCCUUGAUUCUUCUAAUUAAUGGAAUCAAGAAUUGCAAAUUAUAAGACAUUUACCCCUGAUUCUCUCAACUGAAUCGAUUUGUAUUAAAAAACUAAUUAUUUGGAAAAUCUAUUAAAGAACAAAACAUUAACUGAUACUAAGUGCUUAUCUGAUUCUCAAGAAAUUCAGGUUGUGAAAAUAAUGUACUGGUAUAUAAAGAAAAAUGUAAAAUGCCAUACUUGCAGUUUUCCACAUUUAAAAUUAUUCCAAAUUUAACUGUUUAAGAAAAACUAUUAAACUGAUCCCAUGUUGCAACAUGAUUCUCCUGUUUAAUAUUAUAGAGAAAUUAAAGUCUUGGAAACAGUUUAUAUAAGAAGAAAAAGAUCUUUUUGUUGUGUGCAAAGGGAAUUAAAAGUGAUUUACACCAGUGCAACACAAUGCAUGCACGCACACACACUGUGAUGAAAUAUGUAUGUGUGUUUUUAUGUGGUAAUUGUUAUCUGUUGUUGUGAAAAUGAAAUGUGCAUGUUAUGAUACUGAAAUGCCUGCAGAAUUUUUCAUAGUUCCAUUGGAUUAUAGACAGUUCUUGUCAUAAGGAACAAAGGAAAAGUUGGUUUCAGAAAGAAUAUAUUAUUCAUUAAAUGUCAUUUAAAAAAAAAGAAAAAAGUUUUGCUGCAACUUGACGUUGCACAUAUCACACGAUGCAUAGAUUAAUAUCUUGUUGAAUAAGAGUAGAUUGUGUUUUGACGGAGCCUUUAUUGUCGUACUGUAUAGUUGGUCUAACGUCAGUAUAUCUCCACUACUAACUUCAGAAUCUGGAAAUAGACAUGUAUCACAUGUUGAAAAUUGAUUCUUGAAAUGGUCUCUCUUUUUUACAUUGUUACAAAGUGGAAAUAUACAAGACAGUAUGAAAUAAAAUACUUUUAAUAUGUUAGUGUGUAUAUCCAUGACAGGGUAGGGAUGGGAAGUUAUUGAUAGUAAUUAUGAUUUGAUACAAUGAGUACUGGACAUCCCAGUCUGGAGGCAAGAAGGAAUGGGAUUGUUGAAUAUUUACUUUAGUUGAGACCAUUCCAAAUACAGUUUGGUUAGCUGUGACACAACCCACCGUUUUAGCAGUGUGUUCAUCCAUCUAUUUGAAUAAAAAUCUACUGAACUUCAUUGAAAAUCCAAUAAUCACAUUUAUAGUUGUAAAAAUGAUAUAAAAAUAAAAUAUACUACUUUAACUGAUUUUGUGUACCAGAUAACUAGAUGUAGUCUGGUAGGCAAUAAAAAACCCAAUUUUUAUACAAGUGAAGUGUGUCUUAAAACAACUGGAAAUUGAAUGGUGUGUUUUUUCAAUGGAGUUCAGGCCCUUUGUUUAUACUAAAACUUGGUCUAGACUCGAGACUAUUAGAUUCCAAGACUUAACGUCAUGGCUAUGCCAUACAAAUUGCAAGCAUGUGAUGGCAUUACAAAAUUUUGUCUAGGCUAAAGAAUUACAUUUUUGUGUACUUCUCAAAUCAAAUACAGUGUUUAUUGUAUUAUUUAUAUAUCAUAAUGGCUUGUUACACAGUGGGCCAGCUUUUUGUUCAGUGAAUUGUAGUAAUACAGGGGCCAAGGAUAAAAACCCACAUUAGUAUUUAUUAACUGUUUUCAUUGUAUUUGGUGUGUAGGUGAUCAAAGAAACUUGAUGAAGUAUAUUUAUAGAAAACCAUCUGUGUUCCAUGUUGAUUCUGUAUGUCUGUUAUAUGUGGUCUUACUGUUGUUACCUUUUUGCUGUGGAAAUUGGGAAUGUUUUAUAAAGUCAUAGUCAUUCAUGUAUAAUUUAUAAACAUUUUUGUUUUUUUAACAAUUCUGGACCCAAUGUCACAAAACAUUGUAAGCCUAGUUUCGCACGUAAAUCUACGACUAAACCACAAUUCUUAUUACUAUUAUAGUUCAACA